GAUAAAGAUGCGUGGGUAAUGCCUUCAUUCUGCUGCUAGCUAAACUUUAUUUUCCUGCUGUCACCAUUUGGUAAGAUCACUUGACUGUCUGGGAAAAGAAUGUUUCAGAACUUUACACCCGAUAAUAAAGGGGAAGAGAAGAAUACUGGCCACUCCAUACAUGCCUUGAUCACAGAGAUUGUGCCUACUGCUCAUGCAGCCAAGAUAAAUGAGACCCAAGAUUCACUCCCAGAAGAGAAGGCUCUGACAAUAUUGUUAUAUAUUACUCUACCUUUCUCUGUUUUUGGACUUUUCAGCAAUGGAGCUGUUUUCUGGUUUCUCUGCUGUAGAAUCAAAAACACUAAAUACACAGUAUACGUACUGAAUUUAGCCAUUGCUGAUUUCAGUGUCCUCUUCUGUCACAUAACCUUUUUUAUCAGUUUAAUUGUAUGGGAAGAUGCUUUUUUUGGUGUGCAUUUCUAUGUAGCAUUUGAUAUCUUGACUUUUUUUGGAUUCAAUACCAGUUUUUUCCUAUUGACAGCAAUUAGUGUGGAGAGGUACGUGGGGACCUUUUUCCCUCUCUGCUAUCGUUUUAAACGGCCAAAGCAUCUUUCCACCAUACUGUGCACUGUCCUGUGGGGCCUCUCCUGUAUCAUGGUGGGAAUGGACUAUAUAUGUUGGCAGAAAUACAUCUCUUUGGGAGAUAUUUAUCCUGAAAAUGCAGUCAUUGUCACUGUUCUCAUGAUAUUUUUGCCAGUUAUGGUCUUUUGUAGCUUCAGUCUGUUUAUCAAAAUAUCGAAGAUAAAAUCUCCAGCUCGCUUUUAUCGCACUAUCCUUAUCACAGUCAUUCUCUUUCUUAUCUUUGCUAUGCCUCACAAGAUCCUUUCUCUGAUAGAAUACAUGCAGCCAACACUGCCCAUAAAUGAGACCAUCAUUCGUAGCUUUUCCUUGCUUAAUGUAAUCAACAGCAGCCUCAAUCCUUUUGUUUAUUUUUUUGUUGGAAGACAGAAAAGGUGUCAUUCCAAGGAACCCUUGCAGGUAGUGAUCUAUAGAUCCUGCAAUGAUGAAUCCCUGGGUCAUGCAAGCAGUGAAACAGUGACUCAUUCCCACUAAAAGGAGCUUUCUACUGAUCCAUUUGGUGAAAACUGAUCGAUUCAUUCAAAAGGCUGCUUAUGAAGUUCUCUAACACAUUCCAGGA